AAAGGGCAGCAAGCCGCUCGCCCUGCUUGGUCCUUGGUGAACCGGACAUGGUGAGUACAUGCAUAUGGAUUGUUUUCCAUUCCUAUUUCCUCUCUUAUGGCUUCCUUGACCCUCCUUGCAGGGGAAGGUCAUGCUAUACCGCUCUUCUUGCGCCGACAACCACGUAUUGGCGAUGAUAAUAUACCCAUUGUGCCGGUCUCCAUAUCUCUCCUUCUCUCAUUUUCUCUCUCUCUCUCGGUUUCUAUCAGUGGCCUCCAUGUUACUGUAGCAAAGACCUGCAAGGCCGGCUUUCUUCUCCUUAUACCCGGAUACAUAUAUGCAUUACUCCGUAUAUCCAACGCUAUGCAUGGGUACGGUGCACCACAGCAUGGAAUGCUGCCUGUCCUAGCUUAUAUACUGGAAUGGAAUACAGUCGUCUUCAUGUGCCAGGCUUGACUUGGCCAAUGCGACAGCCUCCACGUUUACAUGUCUGUGGAAUUCUGCGCUUAUGACACUGAACUAGAACUCUUUUGAACGGAAAUAUCAAGACUCUAGGGAUUUACUUCCCACUCAACAUAAUCAACGGUACUUUAUUAUAUCUGUUGUUGUUUUGUACGGUUUUAAGCAAGGAGAUGAGGAACUGUAUAUAUGUAUAGUAUUAGAAAAAAUCAAAUAUCUCCUGCCUGAUUUCGUAUAUGUCCGGGAUUCUCAGUUUCAACACGUUUAUUAUUGGGAGCUGCGUUUCCAUAUUCAGUUUAACGUCUGAGACGAGAUAGACGAUCAGCCAGUCAAUCAUUCCAACCAUUAAUUCAAGCAGCCAGCCAGAGGAAGGCUGGCUCUGUAACCCAUGUUUACACCUCUCAAGCGCCAGG